GUAAAUGAGAUCGCUUUCUUUUGAAAUCAUGGUGGUCAAAUUGAUGGCCAUCCUAUUAGUUGAAACAGCUCUUCUCUUGGUCAUAGGCCAUGUUGUUUUGGCGAACAAUUCCAACUCGAAGCAUGAACGUCCUCAAAAAGUUACAACCACCAUUAGAGAUAAUUUUCGACGUGCUAAUGGAGUAAUAAAGAGCAUCCAGAGUGAAGAUGGUGAUAUAAUUGAUUGCAUUGACAUUUACAAGCAACCAGCUCUUAGUCAUCCAGCACUUAAAAACCACAAGAUUCAGAUGGAACCCAGCUACGUUCCAACCACAGACCAAACUACAAGAAAGAUAAACAGAGCAAAAGGGAAGAAGAACAAACCAUCCAAAUCAGAGGUUCCACUUUCUGUGAUAAAACAGAUAUGGCACAAAAAUGGAAGCUGCCCUGAAGGUACUGUUCCAAUACGAAGGAAUCUGAAAACAAAUAAUAAAGCAGUACCAAUCGUUUCAAGGAGAUAUCAACGUUCUUUCAGUCAGCUCAGCCAAAACAACACAUCGAAUUUGCUCCGCCCUAACCAUGCGUUGUCGGUGUUGAGGACCGAUGGGCAUGCAUAUUUAGGAGCACAAGGAAGCAUUGCUGUCUAUAAUCCUGAAGUUGAGAAUCCGGACGAGUAUUCUCUCUCAGACAUUUCUCUUGAGAAUGGGGGCCCUGAAAAGUUCGAAACAGUUAGAUCGGGAUGGAUGGUAAAUCCAGCUGUCUAUGGAGAUAAAAAGUCAAGAUUUUUUACAUAUUGGACGAGUGACGGUGGACAUGAAACGGGCUGCUUCGAUCACAUUUGUCCAGGUUUUAUACAACUCAGUAAAAAUAUCGCACUCGGAGUUGUUAUCGAUCACAUUUCGACAACUCCUAAUAAGCCAGCCGAACUUAUGUCAAUAUCCAUCUAUAAGGAUCUGGACACAAACAACUGGUGGGUAGAUUCAGGAGAGGAGAAAAUAGGCUACUGGCCAGGGGAUCUUUUCGACGAAUUAAUUAAAAAUGCUGAAGCAAUUCAAUGGGGUGGCGACGUUUAUAGCACAAGGCUGGAAACUCAUCCGCAUACGGCCACCGCAAUGGGGAGUGGAGCAUACUCUUCUCCGGUCGACUGGUUAUCGGGUUCGAUCAGAGGGAUUCGGAUUCUACAGAAUUCUAUGGUUUGGAAAUAUCCAGAUUGGGCUUCUCCCUAUGCGGAUCAAGUUAAUUGUUACGAUAAUAAUCUUCAAGUCGUGGCAGAUGACCCGGUUUUCUAUUAUGGAGGACCCGGAAGCGGCGGUCAAGCAUCCAAGUGUCCUUGACUGAGCUUAGAUUAAUUUUACGGUUUGAUUGGAAAAUGAAAUGCCCGAAUUCGAGCGUAUAUGAAUAUAUCGAAU